AUGUCAAACAAUUCAUACGAAGGAACAGCUUCUCCCGGACUUGAGCUCACUGCAAUUGAUGAUGAAGAUUUUUUCAACAUGACGACAUUGAACUCGUCUGGAUUUGGAGAAUACACCCCACCGCCUGAACUUACCAUACUACCUAAUCUCACCUUAUUGCCUGAACCUACCAUACUACCUGAACUUACCACACUACCUGAACCUACCCCACUGCCUGAACCUACCCCACUGCCUGAAUACUUACCGACCGCUAGGCCAGAUACAGAUAUUACCGGUAUUGUUGCUGAUCCAGGUACCAACAAUGCAUCUUCGUAUGGUUUGUACGCUUCUAUUCCUGUGUUCAGCUGCUUGGUGCUUGUCUUAUUUGUUGUGUUACUGUACCACUAUGUGCGACGUCGUAGGAGACAGGGUCUUAGUCUCUGUGGUGCACGGGAAAGAGGAGCAGAGGGUGGAGAGAAUUCGGGUGUUGCUGGUACUUUUUCAACGGAAAACAAGGAUGAAACGAAUAAGAAGGGCGGUUAUGAUGCUUAUAAAAUGACCGAUCUCCUUUCACAGGAGGAAGAGCGUCCUACCGCUUCUCCGCGAUCGGGCAAGGCGCCAAGGAAAGCUGACCGGCAAAAUGUAGCAUGAAGUGUUUUAGUGGACGGCUGAUUAAAGUUAUUUAAUGUUCG